AUGCCCUCCACGCGCGCCUCAAGAUCAAAAAAACCACCUGCUACAACAGACAAACCCAACAACAUGGACAACAAUGGUUUGGUCGGAGCUCGGAAGAAGACGUCUAAAAAACGCAAAACAACCUCGACUUCUGAUCUCAACUCCGGUAAUCCACUUGAUGAUGAGUUGCCAAACGAAGAAUCAUUGACUAACCAAAAUGCCACUGCCAAGAAAGACGCACCAUCAACUACUCAAACGGGUUCGAAUCAAGUCUUUCAAUCACGAUUCCCUGGACUUGAAUUCGAUACCUUCGAACAAGACCUUGACAAAUGGACUAUCACCAAGCUUCAAGAAGCCUUACUAGGACAAGGCUCUCGGCGCACCAAAGUUAACAAGGAGGUCCAGAACCUUGUCGAAGUCAUGCGGAUCGAAUUCGAAAAACGGAUGCUCAUGAUAGCUCUCAUGGCUGGAGUUCCUGAAGUUGUCAUAUGGAAAUUGGUAGGUAUGGGUUCCAAGAAAGUCAAGGGGAACCCCUGGAUACGUUUCCUGGCUUUUUGUUUUCAAUGCUUGGGUGAUAAAAUGCCAGAUCGAAAUGAUAAAGAUGGAUGGGUAUCCCGCAAUCAGCAGAAUGCCGACAAAUGGCACGCUCUGAGCAAGGAUGAGCAGGAAAUAUUCAAAGAUCCGUACUUCUUCGCUCUAGCUAACCUGCCCGAUUAUUCCACUGCUUCAAUUGGCGACGAUGAAGGUACCGGGGCCAACAACAACGAGAAUGGGGUAGAUAUCAAUCAGCUCGAUGGUACGACACCAGCUCCGACAGUUCACAAACUCUCAGACGAAGACAAGGCAAAGUAUCAACCUCUUUUUGAGAAGCUCGUCAAUAUUGACAAAUUGCACCUCUGCCAUGGUAAGCCAGAACCUUCAGCAACUGUUUCCACUUUACAAAAGCGAUCAUUAGUUGCUGUUUGCAAAGCGCAUCAUGAAUUCUCGGUUGUCUGUCAACAGAAUCAUAUCUCGUAUUACUUGACUGCCGCAAGCUCAGGUAGUGUCGAUGGAUGGUCGCAAACGUUCUCCAGUAACAUCAAAUUUGCUAAUUGGGCACUGAAGACGGCUAAAGUCCCUACGAAGUUUCAAACUUAUAUACAUGGACAAGAUGUAGCAAAAGAAAUCGAAGCGAAAGUACCACAAGCAAGCGAUGAAAGGAAAAGCCGACUAACUCACCAACUGAAUGAUAUGUUUGGAGUUCAUGUACAUGAAAAAUCGUUCCCGAAGAUGCCUGAUCCUAUAGCCCACAUCGAAAAGAGAGGAUAUCCGAUCAAAAUCGUCCAGAAGCCGGGUAGCAGGCUUAGCGCAGCCGACCUUUUGAAAGGUCAUCGAAAACUAACUGAUGCAGUUAUUCAGCUUUGGUUGAAGGAUAUUGAGGAUGGCCUGUUUGUAAUUGAGCCAAAACUGAUUGUCGAUACCAACGAAGAACAUCCUGGUCAGCAAAGUAAUUCGAAACCAAAGAAGAAGAAAAAUCAAGACUCUCAGAAAGGAAGUGCUUCUAAGCAGCCCAGUAAGUCUCGUGCGCGUCUCCAGAAGUUGGCCAAAGGAAUCCAUAACAAUUCAGAGGAUGAUACGAGUCACAGUAGUACUUUGGAAGACGAAGAAGAAGACGAAGAACUCCAAUCCAAUAGUUCCAGCGAUAGCAAUAGCAAUAGCAAUAGCAAUAGCGAGGGCGAGGGCGAGGGCGAUGAUGCAAAUUGA